AUGGUGACAAAGUUCUACCAACACCUCCUGGCCUUGGUAUUUGCCAUAAAUGAGAUCAAUGAGAAUCCCAAAAUCUUGCCCAAUGUCACACUUGGAUAUCAUAUCUAUGACAGUUACUAUGAUGUUAGGAUGACCUAUCGUACCAUUCUGGAUCUGCUCUUCAAUUUUCACAGACUAGUUCCCAACUACAAAUAUGACACCCAGAAAUAUACAAUAGCUGUCAUAGGUGGACUUGGCUCAGAUAUCUCCUCUCGCAUGUCUGACAUGUUAGAUCUUUACAGGAUUCCACAGCUUGCAUAUGGCUCGUUUGCCUCACAGGAGGGAGAUAGAACAGAAUCACCUCCUUUUUAUCGUAUGGUUCCAAAUGAAGCCCAGCAGUGUAAAGGAAUAGUCCAGUUACUUCUCCAUUUUGGAUGGACAUGGGUUGGACUCUUUGCUGUAAAUGACAACAGUGGAGAACAUUUUGUGCAGCAGCUGGAAUCAUUGUUUUCCCAGAAAGGAAUAUGCUUAGCCUUCUCAGAAAGACUUCCGAGCCAAAUCCGCCUAGAUACAUGGAGUCAUGUUAAUUAUUUAACUGCAAAUACAUAUCUUCAAUUCUCAGACAGCAAAGUUAGAUCAUUUAUCAUCUAUGGAGAAUCUAGGACCAUUAUAACACUGCACAUUUUGAUGCUCCUUGGAGAUGCUUCAUAUAAAAAGAACAUAUCAUUGAGAAAAGUGUGGAUUAUGACAGCCCAGGUUGAUUUUGCGUUAUCAGGCAUUCAAAGGACCUGGGAUUUCCAGUUCUUCCAUGGUGCUCUUUUCUUCUCAAUGCAGUCAAACAACCUCCGAGGAUUUCAGACAUUUCUUCAUAAGAUCAAACCUGGCUUGACCCAGGGAGAUGGUUUCCUCAAGGAUUUCUGGGAGCAAGCAUUCGACUGUUCAUUUCUAGAUCUCCAGGGGCCAAUGGAAGGCAAUGAUGUAUGUACAGGGGAACAGAGCCUAGACAGUCUUCCCGGGCCUGUUUUUGAAAUGCCCAUGACUGGCCAUAGCUACAGCAUCUAUAAUGCCGUCUAUGCUGUGGCACAUGCUUUGAAUACCAUGUACACAUCUAGAUUUGAUAACAGAGCAUUAAUGGAUGGUAAAGGACUUCAUGUUCAGAAUCUACAACCUUGGCAGCUUCACCCAUUUCUUCAACGUGUUUUGUUUAACAACUCAGCUGGAGAAAGAGUUUGUUUUAAGGAUAGGGAAAUGGAAGCUGGAUUUGAUAUAAUGAACCUGGUCACCUUUCCAAACAAGUCCUUUGUCAGAGUUACAGUUGGAAGAGUGAAUUCCAAUGCUCCUGAAGGACAAGAAUUAAUUAUUAAUGAGGACAGAAUUGUGUGGCAGACCAAUUUUAAUCAGAUUGCGCCCAUUUCUGUGUGCAAUAAUUACUGCCUCCCUGGUUUCCUGAAGAAAAAGAAGGAAGGGGAAAAAUUUUGCUGCUAUGGUUGUGCCCCAUGCCCUGAAGGGGAGAUUUCAGACCAGAAGGAUAUGGAUGACUGUAAAAAAUGUCCAGACAAUCAGUAUCCAAACAAGGACCAAGAUGGAUGCAUCCCCAAAGUUCUAAGUUUCCUGAGUUUUGAUGGACUUUUAGGGACUAGUUUGUCCUCAGCGGCUGUUUCUUUUUCCAUUAUCACAGUUUUAGUGUUAGGAAUCUUCAUUAAGCACAAAGACACGCCUAUAGUCAAAGCCAAUAACCAAGAUAUUUCCUACACUCUCCUCAUCUCCCUCUUGUUCUGCUUCCUCUGUUCUUUGUUAUUUCUUGGAUAUCCUGGAAAAGUGACCUGCUUCCUCCAACAGUCCACUUUCGGCUUCAUCUUUUCUGUGGCUGUUUCUUGUAUUUUGGCCAAAACCAUCACUGUGGUUGUAGCUUUCAUGGCCACCAAACCAGGGUCCAGCAUAAGGAAGUGGGUGGGGAAAAAGCUGGCCAACUCAAUUCUUCUUUCUUGUUCCCUCGUUCAAGCAGUCAUUUCUAUGGUGUGGCUAGGAACCUCUCCUCCUUUCCCAGAUUUUGACUUCCAGUCACUGCCUAGAGAGAUUGUGGCAGAAUGUAACAAAGGGUCUGUCAUUAUGUUUUAUAUGGUCCUCGGCUACAUGGGAUUUCUGUCCAUCAUAACCUUGAUUGUUGCUUUCUUUGCCCGGAAGUUACCAGACAGUUUUAACGAAGCCAAGUUCAUCACCUUCAGCAUGCUGAUCUUUUGCAGUGUUUGGGUGUCUUUUGUUCCAACCUACCUGGGCACCAAAGGGAAAUACAUGGUGGCUGUGGAGAUCUUCUCUAUCUUGACCUCCAGUGCUGGGUUACUGGCUUGUGUCUUUAUGCCAAAAUGCUACAUAAUUGUGCUGAGGCCGGAGUUGAACAAGAGGGAGCAAAUGAUAAGAACCGCCCCCUAA